ACGAAAAAAUGAUAUUUCUUAGUUAGACGCGCUUGGUUGAAUUAAUUAAUAUUCGAACCAAGUGGUUGGGUCGACGAAUGAUCCAUUGGUUCGGUACGAAAUAAUCAUGAGUAUUUACAUGCUUCAUUCAUUCAUGAUUUUAAUUAUAAUUUAAUUCUUUGACCUUUUUCUGUCAAUCUUAAACGUUAAAUGAGUAGAAGCGUCAACAUUCUUUAAUCUAGCGUGGAUAAUACAGCACGUUAGUGUUGGUUCGACACUUCGAAAGUCUGCACGCUUUGUUUACGAUUGCAUACUCAUUUACUAAAAUUAGUGAAUAAAGUGAGAGAAUUGUGAUGAAUUUGUAAAAAAUGUCAAAAGACCAGUGUUUGUGACUGUUACAAAUAAUAACUGCAGUAUUUCGGCGCAAUUCAUAAUGGCAAGCGAAAUAGAAACGAGUUUACUGUUAAUCGUGUUAGAUGUGAACCCAAUGCAAAGAAUCGUGAAACAAGAAACAAGGAUAUUGACCCAAUGUUUAGAUUCCACUAUAGUGUUUGCAAAUGCCCACUUAAUGCAGUCAUCUAAUAAUCAGUUAGCAGUGAUAGCAUGCCACAGCCACGGAGCAACAUUUUUGUAUCCUUGCGAGAAACCAUCAGAGAUUAGACAAAUCGAUGGACAGUAUGAAAAGUUCACUAUGGUAGAACGUACUGUAAGACAUCAACUACAACAAGUUAUCAAUGAAAUCUCUAUGGAUAAACCAUUAAAUGGAGAAAGUCUGAUAUCUGGGGCACUGACCAUGGCAUUGUGCUAUGUUGCAAGAUUGGAAAGAGAAAAGGUUGCAGUUGAAAAAUUGUAUUCCAGAAUUCUUAUUAUCACUGCAAGCAAUGACUCUGCAAUGCAGUAUAUGAAUUACAUGAACAUAUUCUUCACUGCUCAGAAAAUGGGAAUAAUAUUGGAUGUCUGCAGUUUAGAUCAAGAGUUGACCUUACUUCAGCAAGGCUGUGAUAUAACUGGUGGAAAUUAUUUAAAAGUUCCACAAUUAAGUGGACUGCUACAAUAUUUAUUAUGGAUAUUUCUGCCAGAUCCGAAUAUUAGGUCGAAAUUAGUAUUACCGCCACCUGUGAAGGUGGAUUAUCGCGCCGCGUGUUUUUGCCAUCAAGAACUUAUAGACAUCGGCUAUGUAUGCUCCAUAUGCUUGUCAAUAUUUUGCAAAUUCAGUCCAAUAUGUACUACUUGUCACACAGUAUUCAAAAUGCCGGGACCUAUGCCUAUGAAAAUGAAAAAAAAGAAGAAAAAUGUAGAUAUAGUUCAUUAAUUGUAUUUAGUAUGGUGUAUUUUAUUAAUAAGAACUUUUUAAUUAAAUACAAAUAUUUUCGCACUAUA